AUGAAAGUCCUGAUCUUGGUCUUGGCUUGUCUACACCUCUCAGGAGGUGUGGAAAGAAUCGUUCUGAGGAAGGGCAAGUCUAUCCGCCAGGCGAUGGAGGAGCAGGGCGUCCUGGAGACGUUCCUAAAGCACCACCUCAAGGUUGACCCAGCUGCCAAGUAUGAUUUCAAUAAAUAUGCUGUUGCUUACGAGCCCAUCACCAACUACAUGGACUCUUUCUACUUUGGGGAGAUCAGCAUUGGGACACCACCCCAAAAUUUCCUAGUUCUCUUUGACACGGGGUCUUCCAACCUGUGGGUGCCCUCCACCUACUGCCAGAGCCAGGCUUGCUACAACCACAACAGGUUCAAUCCCAGCCAGUCCUCCACCUUCAGCAACAAUGGACAAACCUAUACACUGUCCUACGGGAGUGGCAGCCUGAGUGUGGUGUUGGGAUAUGACACUGUGACUGUUCAGAACAUCGUUGUCAACAACCAGGAGUUUGGCCUGAGUGAGAAUGAGCCCAACAAUCCCUUCUAUUACUCAGACUUUGACGGGAUCCUGGGAAUGGCCUAUCCCAACAUGGCGGUGGGGAACGCCCCGACAGUGAUGCAGGGAAUGCUUCAGCAGGGCCAGCUCACUCAGCCCAUCUUCAGCUUCUACUUCUCUCGCCAACCAACUCGUCAGUAUGGUGGAGAACUCAUCCUCGGGGGUGUGGACCCCCAGCUCUAUUCUGGACAGAUCAUCUGGACCCCUGUCACCCGGGAGCUGUACUGGCAGAUUGCCAUCCAAGAGUUUGUCAUUGGCAACCAGGCCACUGGCUUGUGCUCCCAGGGCUGCCAGGCCAUCGUGGAUACUGGGACCUUCCUGUUGGCUGUCCCCCAGCAGUAUAUGAGCUCCUUCCUGCAGGCAACGGGAGCCCAGCAGGCUCAGAACGGUGAUUUUGUGGUCAACUGCAACUACGUCCAGAGUAUGCCCACCAUCACCUUCAUCAUCAGCGGGGCCCAGUUCCCGCUGCCUCCCUCUGCCUAUGUCUUCAACAACAAUGGCUACUGCAGGCUCGGUAUUGAGGCCACUUACCUGCCCUCCCCCAGCGGGGAGCCUCUGUGGAUUCUGGGAGAUGUCUUCCUCAAGGAAUAUUACUCUGUCUAUGACAUGGCCAACAACAGGGUGGGGUUUGCCCUCUCUGCGUAG